AUGCGUGUUGGGACUGAACCCUUACCUUGUGAUGUUAAAAUAUUAGGAGCUAUUUUCUCCCAUCCUUACUUCUACAGUUCGGAGCCAAUUGGAUCCGAAGCUGUUACAGGGCACAAACAGCGUUUGUUCUGUUUAGUUUGGGACUUUGUGUACCCUUCUGCGCCGGGUGGCAUUGAUAACCCCAUGGUCAACCCCUUCGCUCCUGGGGCACCAAGCUUGGAUGGACUUGGGUGUUCCAAGAUUAUUGUGUGUGUGGCUAGCGAGGAUAAAAUUAGGGAUAGAGGGGUUUGGUACUUGGAGGGUGUGAGAAAGAGUGGGUGGCAAGGAAAACUGGAACUGUUUGAAGAGCAAGUGAUGAGAACGGAGAGUGUGAUUUUUCCGUCGAAGCCCCUAGUUGAAGAAGCAUCAAUGGAGAAUCCUCCCAUGGCCAUUUUUUGCUGGCUCUGUUUUUCCUUUCUAAACACUGAAAACAGGUAUAUUGUUGUUAGGUGUAAGAAUUACAAGAACUUGACAAUUAAAUGUAGAAUAGAGUAG